AGAGAGCUCUUACGUUUCUCGCUCUCCGCCGUGGUUUACUCGUUUGUGGGCUGGACAAGAAAUUGCGCUUGCCCCAGCAGAUGUUGUUAUGUGCGGAACGGAGAUCUCAAGCUAGGCAGCUCUCUUUACUGGCGUUGGUCAUCUCGUUUAUUUCCGACCUCCUGGAAGUAGCGCUUCUGGGGAGUCUCAGCUCGGUGAACACUCUCUCCCGCCAAUGUUUAGGGAUUGGCAUGUACCAGCCGGUCAUUACGACAGGUGGCCACGGGCAGCUGAUGAAUAUAUUAUCUCAAAUCAAUCACCAGGACCUUCAAGCUGGGAAAAAGACAAGGCUUAAGACAGUUGCUAGCACGUUGUCAUGGGAGGAAAGCCAAAAGAGAGAGGGACGCCGUUUUUGCUCUUUUGUCGCUAGCAGAAGACACCUCUCCAAGGGAUUGGAAUAUCGGUUACAAGAUAUCCGCAUUGGAUGUCUAUCAAGAAGCGGUGGUAAACAUUAUUCGGACCGGCAACCUCGACAUCAUCUGCCAAGCCAGUUCAUGCCAUCCACAUUCUUCGCUUCCUCGCUUUGGCAGCUCACCCUAUGUGCAAAUGUCCGGCAUACCCCAGAAAUUGCUUUCAAUGUCAUUCGAGGAGGAAACUUUACUUACAUUAACGGCGGGAAACAAUAAAUCUCGAUAUUGUGCUUCUGGAAAUUCAAUCGCUUUAGCAAGGAAUAAAAAAACCCGCUUCGACUUGUGGUAAGGGUUGUGUAAGUUGGUAGAGUUCACUUGGUGCUGGAAAAGCCUAAAUGGGGUUGCUCUCUGCUCCCAGAGACACAAUCCCAAACUACCUUUCCUGGACUGAAUCGCUGCUGGCGAACAGUGGCUGCUGGUCGUGU